CCAGUGGAGCUGAGGGUUGGGGCUACAAAAGGCCACCCACAAUCUUCCCAUUGUUCACUGGCAUCAUUGUUGGUCUGACCUCCCAGCUGCUCAGCCAUGGCCCCCAAGAAAGCCAAGAAGAGGACAGCAGAGGGAGCCAACUCCAACGUGUUCUCCAUGUUCGAGCAGGCACAGAUCCAGGAAUUCAAAGAGGCCUUCACCAUCAUGGACCAGAACAGAGACGGCUUCAUUGACAAGAAUGAUUUGAGGGACACCUUUGCUGCUUUAGGACGUCUGAAUGUGAAACAGGAGGAGAUAGACGACAUGCUCAAAGAGGCUCCUGGCCCGAUCAACUUCACCGUCUUCCUCACCAUGUUCGGCGAGAAGCUGAAAGGUGCCGACCCGGAGGAGACCAUCCUCAACGCCUUUAAAGUCUUUGACCCGGAGGGGAAAGGGGUGCUGAGGAAGGACUAUGUGACACAGAUGCUCACAACACAAGCCGACCGAUUCUCAGCCGAAGAGAUGGAGCAGAUGUUUACUGCCUUCCCCCCAGAUGUGGCAGGAAACCUGGACUACAAGAACCUGGUUCACAUCAUUACCCAUGGAGAGGAAAAGGACCAGGAGUAAACCUUUUCAUCAAUGUAGUCAUCAAAUAGAAAGUCAGCCUCUUUACCCAUUAAUGACUCAAACCCGACCUGAAGGAGAUAUGGACUAUUUACUCAACUUUUAUGUUGGCUUCAGUGUUUCUGUGCAGUGCUCUCUCUCUGUCUAAAGACCACAGGAGGUUCCUGACAAAGUGUUUCCUAAAAAAAAGAACAAUUGACGGCAUCAGCAUAGUCUUGCUCUCUUCUGCUUCAUCCCACAUUCACUAAUUAAAUUAUUUUUCCUUAUCAUUUUAUACACUGAAAACUACUCGCCUGUUUUAUUGUCAAAUCCACUUGUUCGGUCUGUGCAUGUCAGUCUAAUAAAAAUUUUCGAAGACAA